CGAUUUUACUUCUGCAACCAAUUUUUAACUCUAUACAAUUAAAAAAAUGGUGCCAAUCGGCGAGCCGUGGCCGGAAUUUAACGCCGGAAUAAGUUACCGCGAUCUCGUCCGCCGCUCCGACUCCGGCGCGACGCUGAUUGAGUUCUACACGAGGAGAUACAAAAGCUCAGCACCGCUGCACGGCUGGCUGCAGAGAAUUCACAAUAAGCAGAUAACAGUUGAUGGUUGUGUCGUGAUUGAUCCUGAUGCGGUUAUCAGGGAAGGUGCUGAGCUGGUUUAUCAUCGGCGUCCCUGGAGAGAGCCUGAUGCUCCGUACUUGCUCGAAAUUCUAUAUGAAGACAAUGAUGUGGUUGCUCUUAAUAAACCCUCGGGAUUGCAAGUUCUACCUGGAGGAUUGUUCCAGCAGCGAACUGUCUUGACACAACUCCAACGGCAUGCAGGAAAUCUGGAGGCAUCAGGAUGUCAAGAGCCCCAUCCUGUUCCUGUUCAUCGGCUUGGAAGGGGCACGUCGGGGGUACUACUUUGUGCCAAAACAAAGCUCGCGAAGUGUCGUCUUGCAGCACUUUUUGCCGAUGGGACAUCAGUGGUUGGGGUAUCUAGGAGCAGUGAUCAUCUACAGAAAACAACAAGGAGUAUAACAAAACUAUAUCGAGCCCUAGCAAGUGGGGUGAUCGUUGAGGAUGAGGUUGUGAUUGAUCAUCCCAUUGGUCUGGUGAGAUAUCCUGGUGUCGCCCAGGGGUUGUAUGUAGCCUCUCCUUCAGGGAAACCAGCCUUGAGUAAAGUUACAGUUCUAGAAAGAAACAAGCAGAGCAAUUCCACAUUAGUCCAGGUUGAAAUCAAAUCUGGGAGGCCUCACCAAAUCCGCAUACAUCUUUCUUUCAUUGGGCAUCCACUGAUCGAUGAUCCUCUUUAUGGCAUGGAUGGGCAACCGAAGUAUACUGAUCAUGAAAUUGUCAGUGAAAGUUUUGCUCAAGAUGGAGGUUACGAGAGGCCUGAAAAACCCGUUCCCGGUGAUUGUGGCUACCAUCUACACGCUCAUCGCGCAGUUUUUUCCCAUCCUGCAACAAAUGAGAUAACUGAAAUCAUCGCUCCUCUCCCACCUAUUCUACGGAUGCAAGGAGAGUCCAAAACUGAAGUAGGUAUGUAAACAUAAGGGUUAAAUUUGUAUUUCAAUUGCUGUUUGCUAUUACAAAGAUUCGGAGUAGCUAGCAAUUCGUAUGUUUUGUCAUAAUUUAUACCUUGAAGAAAUAUUUUCGUAGAUUGAUCAGUCUUUCUUUACCUUA